AUGAAGCUGAACACCCUACCUUUGUUCUUCCUGGGCUUCUUCUCUCCUCCCGCCCUCUCGGCGCCGGUUGAGUCAGGCACCACGGCGGCUUCGCUCUCCACACGAGCAGACGCAUGUACCGUAGCGUUGACAGACCAAUACAUGUUCAAAGACCCCAUCACGACCUUCCAAAGCCACCGCAACGCCAAACAGCCAUCCUGCUUCGACUGGAGCUCCGACAAUUGCACCAGCUCACCCGAUAAGCCGGUGGGAUUCAACUUUAUCCCCUCAUGUCAGCGCCAUGACUUCGGCUACCGCAACACGAAGAAGCAGGGCCGCUUCAACGAGACGAUCAGGAAGCGGAUCGACGACAUGUUCAAGAGUGACCUGUACAAGGAGUGCAGCCAAUAUUCAGGCUGGGAGAGCUGGAAAGGCGUGAAAUGCAGGGAGAUCGCGAACGUGUAUUACGAAGCUGUGCGACGCCGCCCAGCUCAGCCAAUGAUAGGCCUGGGAUGGCCGCUGACUCACCCAAGCUUUUGCCAAGGCCGGGCUUCUUCUUCUGGCAGCCAGACGUCGCUCUUCAGAUCAAGAGAUGAUGGACGUGCAGCAAACCUGAGAUCACUCGAGAAGCAAGCUCUCAUCGAUCAUCUCAGCCGUCCAAAUAUACCCUCCAAUCACCUUGAAGUUGGGCCCGGUGCCCAGGAAUCUCAAACAAAACGCGUUUUCGCCCCCACGCAAAGCUUGAGAACUGCUAUGUUUGAUACACGCUCCCAUUGGUGUGAGAGCUUUGAAGCUCGAUCUGCCCAGCUCCACGGCCUCGACUGCUGA